AUGCUUACAGUUUCACUCUUCGAUCUUAUUACUAGACGUAAGAGAAAGCUUCAACUCAAUCUACCCUGGGAGGAUAAAACGUUGGAAAAUGAGAGCGCCGUGUUCUUGUUCCGAAACAUCUCCUUGAAGAGAGCCUUUUACGACAAGCUCGGGGAACGGGAUGGAAGCAUUCUAAUGUUCGACUGUGGAGCAGGCUUCACAGAUACGUUGAACCUUGAAGAUUGUCGUGUGUAUCAUGUGGCGACAUUCGAUAAGCUUCUCCUGCAAUUGAGAGGAAUCAUGGCUGAUGAAAUGGAAGAGAUCAGAGACUUGCACUUGAAUACUUUGGUGAUUGAAAACAUCUCGAGCUUCUUCUGGACCCUACAGAGAGAGAAACUAACAGCUAUGCGUUACUGCAAGUUGAGAGAUACGUUGAACGAACUAAAGGAGUGUUACCAGUGCAAUGUGAUCGUCACCGGAUGGGACAUUGAAUACGAAAGAGGAUACAAGCCCUUCAAGGCCAUUGCGGACCCUUCUAAGCUACAUCAUCUCAGUCUACUACCGUCCGAAUUUUUCCAAACUUUCGACCUUAUCGUGGCCUUUGGCAGACAUAACUACAAGUACCAGGACACCUGGCACGAAUGCACAUGA